CGUCUCCGCCCCCUCCCGCCCCGCCCCCCGCCGCCUCCCGCCGCCCGCGGAUGCUCUCGGCAGCGGCGGCCGCGGUGCCCGGGCGGCGGGGGCAUGGCGGCCCCGGACAGCUGUGUCAAGGUGGCCGUGAGGAUCCGUCCCCAAUUGUCCAAAGAGAAAAUAGAGGGAUGUCACAUCUGCACCUCAGUGACGCCUGGCGAGCCCCAAGUCCUGCUGGGGAAGGACAAGGCCUUCACCUACGACUUUGUCUUUGACCUGGACACAUGGCAGGAGCAGAUCUACACAACGUGCGUGGGCAAGCUCAUCGAAGGCUGCUUCGAGGGCUACAAUGCCACCGUGCUGGCGUACGGCCAGACUGGUGCAGGGAAGACGUACACCAUGGGCACUGGCUUCGACAUGAACAUCUCUGAGGAAGAGCAGGGCAUCAUCCCGCGGGCCAUCGGCCACCUCUUCAGUGGCAUCGAGGAGCGCAAGCAGGCCGCGCAGAGUCAGGGUGUGGCGGCACCCGAGUUCAAAGUCAGCGCCCAGUUCCUGGAGCUCUACAAUGAGGAGAUCCUGGACCUGUUUGACAGUACCCGUGACCCUGAUGCACGCCACCGCAAAUCCAACAUCAAAAUCCAUGAGGAUGCCAGUGGGAGCAUCUACACCACGGGUGUCACGUCGCGCCUCAUCAGCUCGCAGGAUGAGCUGAUCCAGUGCCUAAAACAGGGGGCUCUUUCCCGCACCACCGCCAGCACCCAGAUGAACGUGCAGAGCUCCCGGUCCCAUGCCAUCUUCACCAUUCAUCUAUGCCAGAUGAGAGUGUGCACCCGCCCGGAGCUGGUGAAUGGGGAGGUGAACAGCCUCCUGGACGGAGCCCAGCCCACCACCGAGUACGAGACCCUCACGGCCAAGUUUCACUUUGUAGACCUGGCUGGCUCAGAGAGGCUGAAGCGAACAGGUGCUACUGGCGAGAGAGCGAAGGAAGGCAUCUCCAUCAACUGUGGGCUGCUGGCCUUGGGGAACGUCAUUAGUGCCCUCGGAGACCAGAGCAAGAAAGUUGUGCACGUGCCCUACCGUGACUCCAAGCUCACCCGCCUGCUGCAGGAUUCCCUUGGGGGCAACAGCCAAACCAUCAUGAUCGCCUGUGUAAGCCCAUCUGACCGGGACUUCAUGGAGACCCUGAACACGCUCAAGUAUGCUAACCGGGCUCGCAACAUCAAGAACAAGGUGGUGGUGAACCAGGACAAGACAAGUCAACAGAUCAGUGCCCUGCGGGCCGAGAUCGCCCGCCUGCAGAUGGAGCUGAUGGAGUACAAGGCGGGCAAGCGGGUCAUUGGGGAGGAUGGCUCGGAGGGCUACAGUGACCUUUUCCGCGAGAACGCCAUGCUGCAGAAGGAGAACAGCACCCUGCGCAUGCGGGUGAAGGCCAUGCAGGAGGCCAUCGAUGCUAUCAACAGCAGGGUCACCCACCUCAUGAGCCAGGAGGCCAAUCUGAUGCUGGCCAAGGCAGGUGAUGGUAAUGAAGCCAUUGGCACCCUCAUCCAGAACUACAUCCGGGAGAUUGAAGAGCUGAGGACGAAGCUUUUGGAGAGCGAGUCCAUGAAUGAGUCUCUGCGUCGCAGCCUCUCACGUGUCUCUGCCCGGCCCCCCUACUCCAUGGGCUCGUCCCCAGCGUCUGGCUUGGCUGGCCUGUGCAGCCCCGCUGCUCCGGUGGAGACAGAGGCCUCUGAUGUCCUCCGACGGGCCAAGCAGGACCUGGAGCGCCUGAAAAAGAAAGAGAGGAGGCAGCGGAGGAAAAGCCCGGAGAAGGAAGCAUUUAAGAAGCGGCAGAAACUGCAGCAGGACAAUGGGGAGGAGACGGAUGAGAACGAGGUGGAAGAGGAGGAGGAGGAACAGGAUGAGAGUGGCUGUGAGGAAGAAGAUGGACAUGAAGAUGAGGAUGAGGACUCAGCCAGUGAAGAGAGCCUGGUGGACUCAGACUCGGAUGCAGAGGAGAAGGCCGUGAAUUUCCAGGCCGACCUGGCGGAUCUGACUUGCGAGAUAGAGAUCAAGCAGAAGCUGAUUGAUGAGCUGGAGAACAGCCAGCGGCGCCUGCAGACCCUGAAGCACCAGUAUGAGGAGAAGCUGAUCCUGCUGCAGAACAAGAUUCGGGACACACAGCUGGAGCGGGACCGGGUCCUGCAGAACCUCAGCACCAUGGAGUGCUACACAGAGGAGAAAGCCAACAAGAUCAAAGCAGACUACGAGAAGCGGCUGAAGGAGAUGAACCGGGACCUGCAGAAGCUCCAGGCAGCCCAGAAGGAGCAUGCUCGCCUGCUCAAGAACCAGUCCCGCUACGAGCGGGAGCUGAGGAAGCUGCAGGCGGAGGUGGCCGAGAUGAAGAAGGCAAAGGUUGCGCUGAUGAAGCAGAUGCGAGAGGAGCAGCAGCGGAGGCGGCUGGCAGAGACAAAGAGGAAUCGGGAGAUCGCGCAGCUCAAGAAGGAGCAGCGCCGGCAGGAGUUUCAGAUCCGGGCUCUGGAGUCUCAGAAGCGGCAGCAGGAAAUAGUGCUGCGGAGGAAAACCCAGGAGGUCUCAGCGCUGCGCCGUCUCGCCAAGCCCAUGUCAGACCGGGUCGCAGGCAGGACAAGCCAGAAGCCGGCCAUGCUGGACUCAGGCGCGGAGGUCUCGGCCAGCACCACCUCCUCCGAGCCCGAGUCUGGCGCUCGCUCCGUCUCCAGCAUCGUGCGCCAGUGGAACAGGAAAAUCAACAACUUUCUGGGAGACCCUUCAUCCUCCGUGAAUGGGGCUCGGCCCGCCAGGAAGAAGUUCCCCAAGAAGGGGGCGAGCCAGACCUUCAGCAAAGCCGCCCGCCUCAAGUGGCAGUCACUGGAGCGGCGCAUCUUCGACAUCGUGAUGCAGAGGAUGACCAUUGUCAACCUGGAGGCUGACAUGGAGCGGCUCAUCAAGAAACGCGAGGAGCUGGCACUGCUGCAGGAAGCAUUGCUGGGCAAGAGGAUGAAACUGCAGGCAGAGAGCCCCAAGGAGCAGAAAGGGCUACAGGAGCUGAACGAGGAGAUUGAGGUGCUGGGGGCCAACAUUGACUACAUCAAUGACAGCAUUUCUGACUGCCAGGCCACCAUCAUGCAGAUCGAGGAGACCAAGGAGGAGCUGGACUCCACAGACACCUCAGUCGUGAUCAGCUCCUGCUCCCUGGCCGAAGCCCGGCUCCUGCUGGACAACUUCUUGAAGGCUUCCAUCGACAAGGGGCUGCAGGUGGCUCAGAAGGAGGCCCAGAUCCGCCUGCUGGAGGGGCGCCUGCGGCAGACGGACAUGACUAGCUCCUCGCAGAACCAUGCCAUCCUGGAUGCCCUGCGAGAGAAGGCUGAGUCGCACCCCGAGCUGCAGGCCCUGAUCCACAACGUCCAGCAAGAGAAUGGCUACACCAGCACGGAUGAGGAGGUCUCAGAGUUCAGCCUGGCUUCAGAUGGGAGCAUCUCCCAGUCUUUCACCAUGAAGGGCUCAGCAAGCCAGGAUGAUUUCAAGUUCAAGGGAGAGCCCAAGCUCUCAGGGCAGAUGAAGGCAGUGUCAGCUGAGUGUCUAGGACCCACGCUGGACGUCUCCACCAAGAACAUCACCAAGUCCUUGGCAUCCCUCAUGGAGAUCAAAGAGGAUGGGAUCAGCUUCUCCAUCCGAGACCCCUAUUACAAGGAGAAGGUGUCACGCACCAUCAGCCUUCCGACGCGAGGAAGCACCUUUCCCAGGCAAUCUCGUGGCUCGGACACUUCACCUCUGACAAGGAGGAAAUCCUAUGACCGUGGCCAACCUGCCAGGCCUCCAGAUGUUGGCUUCACGCCUCCCUCAUCCCCACCCACCCGUCCACGCAACGACCGCAAUGUCUUCUCUCGUCUCACAAGCAACCAGAGCCAGGGGUCUGCCUUGGAUAAGUCUGAUGACAGCGAUUCCUCUGUCUCGGAGGUGCUGAGGGGCAUCAUUAACCCGGUGGGUGGCACCAAGAAUGCCCGGACAGCCCCGCUGCAGUGCGUCUCCAUGGCAGAAGGACAUACCAAGCCUGUGCUCUGCCUGGAUGCCACCGAUGAGCUGCUUUUCACUGGGUCCAAAGACCGGAGCUGCAAAAUGUGGAACCUGGUGACGGGCCAAGAAAUUGCUUCCCUCAAGGGUCACCCAAACAAUGUGGUUUCCAUCAAGUACUGCAGCCACACGGGGCUGGUGUUCACUGUGUCCACAUCGUACAUCAAAGUGUGGGACAUCCGGGACUCGGCCCGGUGCAUCCGCACCCUCACAUCUUCUGGACAGGUGAUCUCUGGGGACGCGUGUGCUGGGACCACCACCCGCACUGUCACCAGCGUGCAGGGGGAGCACCAGAUCAACCAGAUUGCUCUCAACCCCACUGGCACUAUGCUCUAUGCUGCCACUGGUAACUCUGUCCGCAUCUGGGAGCUGAGCAGGUUGCAGCCCAUUGGGAAGCUGAGUGGCCACAUCGGGCCUGUGAUGUGUCUCACGGUAAACCAGACGGCGAGCAACCACGACCUGGUGGUCACAGGCUCCAAAGAUCACUACGUCAAGGUGUUUGAGAUUGCUGAGGGCAUGGUGGGCAAUAUUGGCCCCACUCACAACUUUGAGCCCCCUCACUACGAUGGCAUCGAGUGCCUGGCCAUCCAGGGAGACAUCCUUUUCAGCGGCUCCAGGGACAACGGCAUAAAGAAGUGGGAUCUGGAGCAGCAGGAACUUAUCCAGCAAAUCCCCAAUGCCCACAAAGACUGGGUCUGUGCCCUUGCCUUCAUCCCUGGCCGCCCCAUGGUGCUGAGUGCCUGCCGAGGAGGCAUGAUCAAAGUCUGGAAUGUGGACACCUUCACCCCGGUUGGGGAGAUCAAAGGGCAUGACAGCCCCAUCAAUGCCAUCUGCACCAACUCAAAGCACAUCUUCACUGCCUCCAGCGACUUGACAGUGAAGCUGUGGAGCGGGAGGAGGUUACCCGCGGGGUCAAACUAAGAACUGCAAAAAGGCUGGAAGACAUGACAGGAGGGUGAAGGUCACAGUACCUCUCCCUCGCUAUCAAGACCCGGUCACCUACAGGAGCCCAUGGAUAGGGAUUUCUUUGUGCCUGACGCAAUGGGGUGGACGAUGUCCCAUAUGGUACUUUGAGCACUGCCAGCCCCUGUGAGGAGGCAGCUCUGUGGGUCACCGUCAGCUCCACCUUCCCUCCUACUGAGGUUUCUUGAUGGUUUUCCAUUGACCAGGAAGUGUUUCGUCUGUCUUCUCACUCACCCUGCUGUAAUGCCUGCUGGGACUUCCAGGGGUCAGAGCUCCUUGACUCCUUCUCAAAGACACCCAAUUCCCUGCUGCCACCAUGAUCUGCUGCUUCUGUCCCUGUUGGCUCCGGGGCUGGUUCCUGUAGGAGUCUUUCUCCACUCCAUGGCCACGAGGACAUUUGGUGUCUGCUGGCCAGGACCACAGCAUAGAGGGGCUGUUUCUUUGAAGAUGUUACUCAUGGGACAGCCUCUCUGCUGUUGGGGGUCUGCAGAAGGAUUUCCAGGUAGUCCCAUCGUUUCCCAUCUUCCAUCUACCUGUCCCCAGCGGUUGGAGCUGUGCACCUCUGAGCUCCUUUGCCCUGUCCCAGAUCUGGAGACAUGGCAAGCCUGGGAAGAUCUUCAUAAGAACAACCCGCUGCAGUUCCCUUCGAUGUUCUCCAAACGCCAGUCAUAAACUCAACUGACCCAUGGCUCUCGGGCUCUUCCCCAUGUGCCCACCCUGCUCUGCAGUGGGGAAGGGAAGGGCUGGUUAGCCCUGCUCUUGACACCUUGGCCCUCAGCAGGGCUUUUGUGGUGGGUUCCUGCAGCAUGUUAACCCCCUUGAGAUGGAGAAACAAAGCAAGAAUGGAGGUUACAGGGCAAAGAAGCCAAGGCUGGAUUUGUCACCCCCACCCCUGUGGGCCCAUCUUGUUCUGCCAUCACUGGGAGCUGGAGGCUGUAAAUCCUUCCCCCAGGCUCUGCUCUCAGCCCUCUACCUGGGAGGGGGGCUAGCUCAGGUUUGGCCUGUCGGCCCCCGUGGAUCCGGGAGCCAGAGAGGGCCCAGCAAGGCAUGGAGCAGCUGGAGGACAGGCCAGGUUGGAGUCAGCUGUGCCAGAAGCAGGGUGAGGAAGGGGUUGCACACGCUGGUCUUGCACAAGUCCCCUGAUUCACCCAAUGCUUGAAGGACAAUCCUGCAGUGGAUGAUCUUGCACAGUCCAAUCUCCAUGAAAGGCUGGGAGCUCUAUCCAGGAGUGUUUCCCCAGGCACUCAGCUUCUCCAGGCUCCCUCCUCCCUCUCUCCUGUUCAAGGGGCUGGCAAGGCCCUGGUCUCACACUGGAGCUUUUCUCCAUCUCUCCUGUGGCCUGCUGGACCAUCCCCUGCUCCAUCGUGCCCUGGACCGGGCAGGGCUUCUCGCAGGAUGGCCAAGGAGACCCUAGGAUUGGUGCUCUUGCCUCACAUGCUCUUAGUUCCCUUCUGUCACAGAAGCAGCAGCGUUUGAACUCAAAUUUAAGGAUUUCUCCACAUGAUCCUACCAGCACUGAACUGGGAUCUCAGCGGUCAGGGGCUCCAGGACCUGCCCCAUAAAGCACAGACUGUUUUCCCUCUGCUUUCUCCAACCAUGGUGACUCAUGGACCAGCCCCAGAUCAUUUGCCACCAGCCCUUGUUAAAACCAUUCUGGGUGGAGCAUGGUAAUUCCUCCACAUCCUGAAAGACAGGAGCAUCUCUGUUGAUUUGAUGGAGGGGUUUGCCUUUUGGCGGGGGGGAAAACCCAUUCUACUGCCUUGCCUUGGUGGAGGGCAUGAUGGCGUGCGUGGGUGUGACCCUGCCCAGGACUGUGUCCAGUCCUUUGUGAUUGUGGCUGAGCCCUGCACAGGCCUGGACUGGUGGCUGCAUUGAGGCAAGGAGCCCUCCUGCUGCAGCUGGUGGAGAAGUGGUGCCAGUGCUGGCAGCUCUGGGCUCUGCACCCUGCGGGACUGGAGGGGGCAAAAAAAAAAAGCAUGGGGGCACCCUGAUGCACAGAUGUGGGGGGCUGGAGGAGGUGUGGCCCUCCAAGCCUGUCUUGGAGAGGGUUUCCCUGCUCAUUCCUCAGCCAGUUUAGCCUUUGCUUGGCUGGGGGUGUGUGUGUGUGUGGGGGGGGUGUUUGUAGCCAGAUGCACUGUGUGCAUCGGUGUCUGCACAAGAUCUGCCAGUGCCCAACAGGAAACCUCUCGCUGCUCCCUCCUGAAGUCAGUGAAGGGACCUGCUCUUGUGGGGCUUGGGGUCAGACUACCUUGUCUUUCACCACCAGUUUCUUCCUGUGUGUAGGCUGCAAGUGCCUGCUUCAUUUCCCAGGGCUGAGUGGCCAAUCCUGGAUGAUGCUGAGCAUCCACCUCACUGCUACGUCCAGCAGCAUGUUGAGGGGGCUUCAAGGUUUUUGCAGCCUGCAGGUGGAGUGAGCUGGGUACUGCGGCACAGCAGCAAGUGUCUGGAAAGGGGGGGGGGUCUUUGAAGUAAGCAGUGACUGUGAUCCCAUAGCAUUGUGUGUGUGUGUACGUCUUAGUAUCUGUGUGGGUUGGUAUUUACCACGCAGGAAAGAGUUUCUUGGGUGUUGAUCUGGUUUAGCUACCUCAUGGUGCAAGCUGGGUGCUGUCGUCAUUGGGUUUCGUUUUUGGGGAUAGGGUGGGGAGUUUGUGUUUUUAGUCUUUUCUUCUCUUAAUUAUUGUUAUUGUUAUGGUUUUGACACUUGAAUUCAUCCUGGGGACACGUGGCCUCACCCCCACCUUGCUGCAUGUCUGAGCCGCCCCUUGUGUUCCCCUUCCUGCCGUCUCCUGCGCAGCAUAGCAGGACCAGCAUCCUGCUCUCCCCUGUGUUCCCAGCUCCCACCUUUGCAGUGGGAUCCCCCAACUGAGUCACAACACUGAGAUUUUGCUCCUGUUGCUGGUGGGGUGCUUGGACUGAGGCUUGGUGUUGUUGCUGUCAGUUAUUGGGUUGAUUUGCAGUCUGGAAGUGGUCCCUCUUGUCCCUUUGAAGGGUGGAAAGGGACCUCUGAGAGGCUCAGCUCAGCCUGUAUUCCUGCCUCUGGUCUCACAGAUACUCUCUGUGGAUGCAAUGAAGCCCUUAUUGUCUGGGAAAUGUCCAUGCAAAGCAGACUGCUGGAAUGGGCUAGUCCUAGUCACAAUUUUCCAGAGCCUGCUGUAAUCUGGUGGCAGCCUCGAGCAGCGUGAACUAGUGCUGUAAAAGCCUUUGUCCAGGGUGGAGGCGGUGUGUGAGAGAAGCUGAUUCUUGUGUGUGAUGUUUGAUUUUUUCAUCCCCAAAAUAUAGUUGAAUCUAGAUCCUGUCCCAGGCACUGAACAUAAACCAGGGUAGCCCUGGAGCCCCCAGAUUACCCCCUACUUGGGGCUGGGGAGCCAACACAGGGUCGUAUUCCACUCCCCUGGCACAAUGGGGUUUGGGAAGGGGCUCACAGCUCUGAGUCACACUGUUGGGUUGGGAGGGGCAGGUUCCCCCAAACACUAAAGCACAAGGUCCUAACAUGCAGGUGGUCUAGCAAGGGUGGCCCCUUGGAUUCUGGUCCUUCAGAGCUCAGACUGGGGCCAUGGGCUUGGACAACCAAGGUGGAGGUGGGUUGAGGGAUGUCAGUGAGGGCUGUUUGCCUGCCGGAGGAAGCAGGUGAGGUGUUUAAUCCUUUUGCACUGUGCUGGGGUGCUCCCCUGGGGCUCAGGACUUGCACUGCUGCAUAGCUUAAGUCCCUUCUUGUGGUGUCUGAGCCCCUCAGCCCCUCUAUUGCAGGGACAUUUUGGAGCUGCCUUCACACCAUGCACCUCGUUUUGCUUCACCCUUGGGUGCCUUGGUUUGCACCAAGGGUGUGAUGAUACCUGCAGUCCAGGGAAGUCCUUCCCUUCCUCAAAUCUCUGGGUGAUGCUUUUGUCCCAGGCCCUGACUCUUGCUCUGUGGGUCUCCUCCCUCCAGCACACAGGAGCCAGCUCCAGCCUCUGCUGAGGGUGUAGUCCUGGCCCAGAGCUGAGCUUUGCACACUCAAAUGAUGGAGAUGACUCAGGAGCCCAAAAGCACUGUGAGCCCACCCAGAGAGCCUAGGCACUGCGCCUUCCCUGGCACCUAUGCUCUUAUGGCACAAAUGCCAGGCUGGUAGUGCAUCUCUCAGUCUGGCCAGCUGUGAGGGGCUGGAGCACCAGGGUCCUGUCCCCCCAGGUACAUUGGUCCUCCCCAGCACCUCUGAGCACAGCUGCUUUGGGGUCACAGAUACUGCCUCCUGCCUUGGUGCUGCAGAACCAGUGCCUGCUCCCCAGGAUGCUCUCCUAGUGUCCCUAUCCCAGUCAUUCCCCUGUCCCAUGCUGGAUGGGGUCCAGGUACGAUCCCUGCAGAGCACAGGGCUCCCACUUGCUUUUCAGCAACCUCACUGGGGCUUUGCUCUGUACUGCAGGCUGCAUGCCCUUUCUGAGCCCCCUUCACCCUCCUGGGGAGGGAAGGGGACCCCUGGUGCCUCCAUGUACUGCACGGUGCUCCAGCUGUAAGUGGGAGGGAGCCCAGCAGAGCCCUGACCCCCAGACCCUGGCCUGGCCUGGCCUGGCCUCCUGGGCCUCACCCCCAGAAAAGCACAGCCCUGCACCAUUCUCCUGCCCCCAGGGGCUUGUCCCCUCAUCCAUAACAGCUCUGCCCCUGGUACCUGCCAGCUGUUCUGCACCCCCAUGUCCUGGGACCACCCGCUACCCUCCGGUCCAGCCCUGCGACAGGGCUUCGGCAGCUGCAGCGUUGUAGCGCCUGCUUUGUCACCCCUUCCCGCUGCACAAGUAUGGCAAAUAGCAGGUGCCUUUUCUUGCUUGGAGCUGUUUUCUAGAGGCCAACUCUUGUGAAGGCUUUUUUUUCUCUGCUGGGUCAUGCAGCCCAGCCCAGCAGUCUGGGUUUGUCAAAGGACAAGGUGUGUACAUAUAUUUUAUACCCUGAUGUGUUCCUGUAAAUAGUGUAAGUUAUUUUGGUCUCAUGAUGUACAUGUUUUUUCAAUGGCUGUGUUUGUUCCUUGCCUCUUUGUCUUCACAAAUAAAACAUACUGAGAUGAA